AUGGGAACUACAGCAGCGGCGGCGGACAGCGGAUCGGCCGGCAACGCUGGAGGCGGCAGCGCGGGAAAUGCGCAAGGUGCUCGCGGGAAUUAUCGCGGCAACAACGCCUCCGGUGGCCGAGGUAAGGGCCAGGACACCGGUCGGAACCGAAAAGGGCGCUGCCGCUACUGUCAUAAUUCGACAGAGCACGGGUGGCACAACUGCCCGCUCCGCCUGAGGCACGAGGCGGAGGAAGCCACUGAACAGGCUGAUACUCACCACACUCAAGACUCCACCACUCAGGCAUGGUUCACGCGGGUGGAGACUGAAGGCGAUGUGCUGGAGGACUACGCCAUCUCUUUCGGAAAAGACGUGCAGGUGCAGGAUGCGCCUGCUGCGGCGCAGCCAGAGGAGCGCGCUGCUGGUGACACGCUGGUGCAAGACGCGCCGGUGCCGACGCUGAAGGAUGCACGCGUUGUGUAUGACCCGUAGGUACUGGACACACCUGCUGCAGCGGUGGUCUAUGACCCAGCUGCCAACGGAU